AUGAACAGCGAGAUAUUCUAUCUGGAGAAUGAGGAAGCGGGCACGAGGAAUAGCAGCACCAAUGAACUAACCGAUAGGUGGACACCAGCUCCGCAGAGGAUGAUGGUCAGAAGGUGCGCUGCAGCGAGGACAUCAACGAUAAUGGCCGAAGUACCACGGCAUUUAUCUGACUUGACCAGUGCGAAUUUGGGACAAUUUCGGCGUACCAAAACAACUAAUGAGGCUUUCCUGUCCACUGCAUGCUUAACUGUUGAAGAAGCAUAA